AAACAAAAUCCUAUUUGAGCGCGCUUCAGCGCCUUGCAAAACCUUCACACUUCGAUUCAGUUUCUCAAACCCAUUGCUUCAAAGAGGUCCACAACGCAUUUCCAAAACCAAUCUGAGUCCCCAAAACCCUCACAUUCAGAGCCUCAGUUUCACUGAAAACCACAAUGUCAGCGUCCAAAGCAAAAAGCACCAGGAAGCACCAAAGAUCCGAGUCCGAGUUCGCCGUAUCGGAUAAGCGGAACCGAGUCGAGGACGAUUUCGAUCUCGACCUUUCAAAUGAUAUCAAAGGCAUUAUGUCGGCGCUGCAUCAGAUCAGAGAGAAGGCUCAGAAGGACGGCCAGAAGAAGAAUGAAGAGACUAUUUCUAGUGUGGCCGCAGAUAUCAAGUCAAUGAUUGAUGAGUUGAAGUCAAAAUUUGAAAAGGAUAGACAAAUUUUUGCCAAAGCACUUUCAAAGAGCUCAAAAGAGUGUGAAAAUAGCUUGAAGAAUGAGACAGCCAGGUUCCAAGCACUGUAUGAGAAAUUUUGCAAGGAGAAAGCUUCUCAUCUGCAGGCCUUAAAAGAUACUAUUUCAAAAUUUGAAGAAGAAAAAGAAAAACUAUUCACACGAUAUGAACAACUGAGGAAGAGAGAAAGGAGCAUGAUAACUGAACAAGAGAAAGCUUGUGGUGAUAAAAUUGCUCAAUUGGAGGAGUCAUUGAAAAAGAAGAAGCAGGAUGAUAAAACUUUCAGCAUUCUGAGGAAGACUCUAGGCUCAUUUCUGGGGAAUGCCUCAGAUGAGGAUUUCCCACCUGACGAUUGAAGAUUGCUUCAAUAGGCAGCUGCAAAGUCUUUCGCCUAUGUCAGAAAUGGGCAAAUUAUGAUUUCCUGUCUCUAAGAUGAUCCUUCUAAAUCCUACGCUUUCCACUUCCAUGCAUGAAUUAAACGCAAACUCUAAAAAGUCCUAUUGUUUGGUUAGUUGCUUUGAUGGUUAUGUACAUUCCCCCUCAAAUUCUCAAAUCCUACCAAUUUGGUUUUGUUAAUUCUGUUAACACUUCUAAUAUCAAUUUAGUAUAUAAUUCUUUUA